UUUGAGCGAGGUGCUGGCAAAAUAUGGUAUGGAAUCCGAAGGCAUCAAUGCAAUUAUGUUAUUUAAUCUACCGGCGGUGCAUAAAAUUCAGGAUGUGUUUGAAACUAAUAAGAGGAAACGUAAGCGGGAAUGA